AUGGAUCGCGCAGUGGCACAAUGGCUCUCGCAUACCUCGGCUUCUCCAGGAGCCCUCAUCGCCCUGACCAAGAAGCUCAACAAAUCCUAUACCAUCUAUGGCACCAUGCUCCUACUCCCACCAACCGCUUUUCAAGGACCGGAAUGGACUGACCUUGAACCUAACAUCGAACUGUACAAGUGCAUAUCAAGUCAUCUCAAAGUAACGCAUAUCGCAAUCAACAAGCCAAUCCCGCUGCACAAGAACCUUCAAAUCGAGGGAGAACGGGAAGAUGGUGAUGAAGAGAAGGAUUUCAACAUCCUCCGCAGCCCUUCAAAUUUCACACCUUUGCACGGAGAUUUCGGUCCUUCAACGUGCCAUUCGCCUCCUGCAAGAGGAGAUUUCGAGUCUGCAUUCUGGAUUACCGCGAAGCAGAAUGGGAUUUAUCAGACUUGGGCUCCGAGGUGGACGAUGUUCUCACGAGGGAAUAUUUCGGAGAAAGCGAGAUUACUUGACUUGGCUUCGGUCAAGAAAGCUGCUGAGGAGGGUGGUACGGCUGUGGAUCUGUAUGCUGGGAUCGGAUAUUUUGCGUUUUCCUAUGUGAAGGCCGGCAUAGGGAAGGUGCUUUGCUGGGAUUUAAACGCUUGGAGUUGUGAGGGCUUGUUGCGAGGGGCGAGGAGGAAUAAGUGGGAGGCUAUCUUGGUGAAUGGAGAGGACGAGGACUUGACAAGUGCUGCGAGGCAUGACUCCCGAUUACUCGUUUUCAAUCAAAGCAAUGAGCGUGCACCAUCGAGUGUCAAAGCCAUGAGGAAGUCUUUACCUCCCAUCAGGCAUGUCAAUUGUGGCAUGUUGCCGAACUCGACUUCUUCUCUGGAGAUUGCGGUGGAUGUGUUGGACCUCAGCUUGCCGGGCUGGAUCCAUUAUCACGAAAACUUUCUGGUCGAAGAAAUCAAUCAAAAGGCUGAGGAUACCAGACAAACAGUCGUACAAAUUGUGGAAGCCAAAGGGACCUUCUCUGUCCAAGUCGAAUACAUUAAUCGCCUGAAGAACUAUGCUCCAGGCGUGAUGCAUUGCGUGAUAGAUCUGGUUAUACGUCCCGAAUGUGGACCACCAUCCUAG